AAGAGCAACCAACCAUCCACGACACACAACACAGCACAGCAGCGGCGGCGCAAAGGGAGCUCCGGCAAGAUGUCUCGGCUCGCCCGCGCUAGCCUGACUGCGGCGACGCUGCUCCUCCUCCUCGCUGCGGCGGCGGCUGCUGGCGGCCCGGCUGUGACGGGUCCGGCAAGCUGCCAGGAGGACGUGGUGGCGCUGAACGAGGCCUGCUACCAGUACGUGAAGAAGGGCGCGCCGACGGUGGCGCCGUCGCAGGAGUGCUGCGACGUCGUGCGGGGCGCAGACGUGCCCUGCGUGUGCAGGUACCUAGGCAGCCCCGGGGUGAGCGACAAUAUCAGCAUGGAGAAGGUGUUCUACGUCACCCAGCAGUGCGGCGUCAGCAUCCCCGGCAACUGCGGAGGAUCGAAGCAUGUCUGAAGCAGGAACAUGCCGGCUGAGUGGCAAGAUUGGAUAACAUGAGCAGCGCAGUUAGCACUACCAAAAUAAAUAUAAAUAAGACGUCCUGGUCAACUUAUAGUAAUAGGUGGACGAUGCCGUAGCACAAGGAAUGUAUUGCCAUUCAGUUGCUGAAGUUAUUUAUGUUAUACUUUGACUACGUUGCAGCUUGUUGCAAGACUGUUGUAUUGCCAUUCAGUUGCUAAAAUUAUUAUACUUUGACUA